AUGACUAUCAGUGCCCUGGUAGUGUCAGUGUUUCUCAAAGGAAAAGGUGUUCAACAACAAGUACGAGAAUUUUUAGGAACAUCCAAACAAAGAGCUGCUAAAUUUAUGAGUGAAUUUAAGAGAAAGACAUUCCACUUGAUUGGUUUGUUGGUUCCUGGUAUUUAUUAUUUUGGAUUGAAGUUUGAAUUCUUGUCUCAAUUCUAUGCUUGUUCUAUUGUUGCUGGAUUUGCUGGUCUUUCACUUGCAGUUGAUAUUUUGAGAUUAAAUUCUGACAAAUUCAACAAGUUUUUCCAAGAUUCACCAGCUGGUAGAAUUAUGAGAAAGAAGGAAAUUAAUGAUAUCAACGGUUCUACUUAUUAUUUGAUUGGUUCACUCUUGACAAUGAUUCUUUUCCAACCAACAAUUGCUAUUGCUUCUCUUUUAUUCUUGGAUUUGGGUGACUUGUCUGCUGCAUUGGUUGGUAUUUCAUUUGGUAGAGUUAGAGUUUACAAGAGCAAAUCAUUGGAAGGAUGCAUUGCAAACUUUUUAGUUUGUCUCCUUGUUGGAUUUUCAAUCUUUUAUCAUGUUCAUCUCUAUGAAUAUAUUUCACUUGUUGGUGCAAUUACUGCCACACUUACUGAACUUUUCCUCGAUCAGAUUAAUGAUAACUUGUCAAUUCCAAUUAUGAGUGGUAUUGCUCUCACUUUGGCACAAUGGAGAUUGGGUGUUGACAUUCCAUUCAUUUAAAUGUGUAAAUUUG